GUGUUCGUAACCAUGAGUCUUCUUACAGAUCUCGUUAACCUUAACCUCUCAGAGACCACUGACAAAAUCAUUGCCGAAUACAUAUGGGUUGGAGGUUCUGGAAUGGAUAUGAGAAGCAAAGCCAGGACUCUACCUGGACCAGUGAGUGACCCUUCAAAGCUACCAAAGUGGAACUAUGAUGGUUCAAGCACAGGCCAAGCUCCUGGUGAAGACAGUGAAGUCAUCUUAUACCCUCAAGCCAUAUUCAAAGAUCCUUUCCGUAGAGGCAACAACAUUCUUGUCAUGUGCGAUGCUUACACUCCCGCUGGUGAACCAAUCCCAACAAACAAAAGACACGCUGCUGCUAAGGUCUUUAGCCACGCAGAUGUUGUAGCAGAAGUGCCAUGGUAUGGAAUUGAGCAAGAGUACACUUUACUUCAGAAAGAUGUCAAGUGGCCUGUUGGUUGGCCUAUUGGUGGUUUCCCUGGCCCUCAGGGACCUUACUAUUGCAGUGUUGGAGCAGACAAAUCUUUUGGGAGAGACAUUGUUGAUGCUCACUACAAGGCCUGCUUAUUCGCUGGAAUCAACAUUAGUGGCAUCAAUGGAGAAGUCAUGCCUGGUCAGUGGGAGUUCCAAGUUGGUCCAGCUGUUGGUAUCUCAGCCGCAGAUGAAAUCUGGAUCGCUCGUUACAUUUUGGAGAGGAUCACAGAGAUUGCUGGUGUGGUUGUAUCUUUUGACCCGAAACCGAUUCCAGGUGACUGGAACGGUGCUGGUGCUCACUGCAAUUACAGUACCAAGUCAAUGAGGGAAGAUGGUGGUUACGAGAUUAUCAAGAAAGCAAUCGAUAAAUUGGGACUGAGACACAAAGAACACAUUGCUGCUUACGGUGAAGGCAACGAGCGUCGUCUCACUGGACACCACGAGACUGCUGAUAUUAACACUUUCCUUUGGGGUGUUGCGAACCGUGGAGCAUCGAUUCGUGUAGGACGUGACACAGAGAAAGAAGGGAAAGGAUACUUUGAGGACAGGAGGCCAGCUUCGAACAUGGAUCCUUACAUUGUCACUUCCAUGAUUGCAGAGACCACAAUCUUGUGGAAACCUUGA